CAGAGUUCCUGCAAGUCAGUUGUAAUAUUAUUAGAGCAAGACACUGUAACUGAAGUACUGAUACUCCGUUAGUAAUCAACUUGGGAGACAUGGCCUCAAAAUCAGCUGUCUUUGUUUUGCUCAUGGUAGUUGUUGCAGUAGCAGCCCCAAUAGCAGUAGCACAAUUGGGGAUCGUUGGUGGUCUGCUGGGUCUGAUCCGCAUACAGGGGACUGUAUUUUGCUCUAUAAAUGGCUCUGUAGCUGUCAUUAAUGGUACUGCCUGCCCGGUCUUCCCAAAUGCUCUGGUACAACUGCGAUGUGGAUCUGGAAAUGUGGUUUCGAGUACAACGACAAAUGGGUCGGGAGUGUUCACAAUGCUGUUGGAUCCCCUGCAAACGCUGCUCUCUUCACUCUUGUCCGAUUGCAAUCUAGUAGUCAGCACACCACUCGCCACCUGCAACGCUGCUCUUCCCGGUCUGGGGGUCUUGCGCUCGCCCUUGCAGUUGAUAGGAAACACCAUUGCUGGCCUCCUUAAUGUCGUCAACAUUGUUCCAACUGGGUUCCUAUUGGUUCCCUCAGCUUGAUCAGCAAAUAAGUUAAUACAAGGAUAAUUAAUUAAGCUGAUCAUCAUGGCCACUGCCAUGCAGCUUGUUAGUUAAUUACGUACGCGAUCGAAUAAGACCAUUUGUACCAAUUACAGGAAGAUAAUUAUAGUAUUAAAUAUUACUAUUCUAAAUUAAGUCGUCC